UUUUUUUUUGUAAUUUAAUUUAUUUUUAAAAUCGAAAUUCGUUUCUAUAAGAUUACUCUGAAUCAAAUCCAUGGGGAGUUCAUUCGCGGAAAGAGCCAUAAGGAGAAACUUUCCUUCUCGAUAAUCGCAAAGAAAAAGAAAAAAAUUCAUCUCUUUCUAUUGUCGUUCUUUGAAUCGGUCCCCGUUUUACUCUCGUCUUUCCGAUUUCCCACUGCGAUCCAUGGCGUCUGGUUCAACUGGUCGCCCUAAUUCGGGCUCUAAAGGGUUUGAUUUUGGUACCGACGAUGUUCUUUGUUCUUAUGAGGACUACGGCAACCAGGAAUCUUCCAACGGUAGCCAUAGCGACCUCUCCGUCGCGAAUUCUAGCAAGGAUUUUCACAAAAGCAGAAUAUCUACCGUUUAUCCUGCUGCUGCUUAUGGUCAGCCAGAAGAUUCCAUGAAACAAGAUGUGAUUUCUACUGUUGAGAACAGCAUGAAAAAGUAUUCUGAUAACAUUUUGCGUUUUCUUGAGGGAAUAAGCUCGCGCCUAUCACAACUUGAACUGAAUUACUACAACCUUGAUAAAUCUGUUGGAGAAAUGCGAUCUGACUUGAUUCGUGACCACGAAGAGGCAGAUUUGAAGCUUAAAUCUCUUGAGAAGCAUCUACAAGAAGUCCACAGGUCUGUGCAGAUUAUAAGAGACAAGCAAGAGCUCGUCGAGACUCAGAAAGACUUGGCCAAACUUCAUCUUCUGCAGAAGGAGUCGUCUUUGUCGAGCCAUUCGCAUUCAAACGAGGAGAGAGCUUCACCUGGUGCCUUUGAUCCUAAGAAGAAUGAAAUUCCGUCCAAGAAUCCCAAUCAGCAACUAGCUCUUGCCCUGCCGCACCAGAUUGUCCCACAGCAACAUCCACCUCCUCCAGCAGCUUUGCCGGAGAAUGUGCCCCAACAGCAACCUUAUUACAUCCAGCAUCCUCAGAGCCAACAUCAAAUGACCAAUGCCCAGCUAAGUCAAACUCCACCACCACCACAACAGUUCAGUCAGUAUCAACAACAAUGGACGCAGCAGCCACCUCAACAGGCACAACCACCACAACAGCAUCCUUCUAUGCAACCUCAGAUCAGGCUGCCGCCUACUUCAGUCUACUCUUCUUAUUCGAUGAAUCAACCGACUUCUAUGCCAGAGACUCCGCCUAUGCAAGUGUCAUUUUCACCUAUUCCUCAACCGGGUUCGAGCCGCAUAGACACCGUGCAAUAUGGAUAUGUUGGAAGUGCUGGUACUAUGCCCCAGCAUCCUCCUCAAGUCAAAAAUGCUUUUGGUGGAGGACCACAAGCCGGAGAAGGAUAUUUACCUUCUGGACCACAAUCUGGGCUUUCCUCGGGAGGUGCAUAUAUGAUAUACGAUAGGGAAAGUGGAAGACCACCGCACCAUCCUCCGCAACCUCAGCAACCACCACACCAUCCUCCGCAACCACAACAACCACCACACCAUCCUCCUCAGCCCCAACAACCACACUUCAACCAAAGUGGAUACCCUCCGGCCAAUGUUCAGAUUCCUCAGCAUCCAUCAGGUCCGCACGUUAUGGCCAGGAAUCAUCUGAAUCAUUCGCAUUUUAUGCGUAACCAGAACCAUCCCUACGGCGAAAUAGUUGAUAAACUUGUUGGGAUGGGUUUCAGGAGUGACCACAUUGCCAGUGUAAUUCAUAGGAUGGAGGAGAGCGGGCAACCUAUCGAUUUCAACGCUGUUCUAGAUGGGUUGAGUAAUUCUGGAGGUCCUCAGCGGGCAUGGUGACAGUAAUUUUAGUAGCAGUCGCCUAUUUGUAUGUUGAAAGCUCAUAUCGGCCAUGACCAGCCUAGCCAUUGCGUGUUUUUAAUGCAUUGAAUAAAAGACUGGUUUAGGAUUCCACUGUGUUCUUCCUUCUCGUAUAUAUAUAUAUAUGUGGUUUGCGAGAUAUAAAAGAAGUUGAUUGUAUCUUAUGUUAUGAAUAUUUCUACCCUCAGUCCCAAAUCUUAUGUUACGAAUAUUCCUUUGCUUUCCACCUAAAAUCAAGGAAAAAUUUGAAGGUUCA